AUGCCUGUCAUUGUGCUUCGCAUCUUGGUGGAAAAUCGCUGCAGCAAGCUGCUGGAGGGUCCAGAUUCCGACGUCGUAUUACCAGAGGGCCCUGGGGGUCCGAAGAACCCCCACCCAGGCCCGCGAUCCACCCCGCUCUUUCGCGUGCUGAACCCCGAGCUCUUCGUGAAGCCGAACGCGGCGGUUGCGCUGAUCGGGACGGUGGCGUUCGUGGGUGUGCUGGGGUCGCUGUAUCUGGAGAAGCAGGCAGUGGAGAAGCAGAGAGCGGAGGCGAAAGCAGCGGCUGAAGCGGCGCUGUUGGCGUCUGGCCAAACUCUAUCCUCGGACGACAGGGUUUACAAUCGUCUUAGAGGCACCACUCUUUUUCUUCACUGUGCUAUCUUCAGUGCCACAUUUGCGCUAGUACUCGUGGGUGCGGCAAAGCCUGAGCUCGCAAACUGCAGUCAUGCAGGUCUUCCAUUCGUGCGAAGCAUUGAUGCAAUUCCGUUGUCAAACUUCGGCCGCCCUGGGUUGUCUCACGCUACAAUUGCGGGCCAUGUUCACCAUGGUACGCAAGAGGUAGAAAUGUGGAUGCAGACCUUUGCUCCUGGAAGUGGAACUCCCAUUCACAGACAUGGAUGCGAGGAGCUGUUUGUAGUCCUCAAUGGUACAGGGAAGCUGCUGUUUGCCCCAAAUGUCCCUGAUCUUGAUGCACAAGGCAUAAUGCAGGCACAAGAAAAAGAAAAGGAGCAAAGCAUACCAGGUCUCCCUGUUUCUAGGCUCAUCAGUGCGAACAUGACCUUCAUAUUGCCUUCGAAUCAAGUCCAUCAGAUCUUGAACAGCGCUCCUGAAUGUGGCUCAGAGUCCUGCAACUUGCUGCAGCUUCUAGUCAUCAUAUCUGAACCUCCAAUUCACGUAUAUGCCUACAACUCUUGGGAUCUUCCACAUAGGCAGGCUGAUCUCAAGUUCCCAUACCCCCAGCCAUCGCCGUCACCAUCCCCGCAAACCGCCAUCGGAUCUUCUCUCACCGGCCUCCCAGCGUCGGAAAGAGACUCCGAUUAUAUCGAGGAUGGAGCCGUUCCUGUUCCUGGCCGAGCUCCUGGAGUCAACCCCUACAUUGUCCUCCCGGGAAGGGGAACUAGACCUGGGUCUAGGCCUGGUGCUGCUCCGACCGUCAGUAAUCAGCAUGCUCGACGCACAGGACCCCCCCAGGUCCCGUUUCCCGGCAACCGAGCCAUUCCUCCUGGUCGCCGGCCCCAUGUCCAGCGAUCUCCCUCCCCGUUCGGCUCUCUCGCGUCGCUUCACGAAAAGGUUCCGUUUCUGCCUGACGAGGAAGAAGGGAGAGAGUCGCUCGAGUCCACUCCUGGGUUGCCUGAGAGGGAGCCGCCAUCUCCGCCGCCUUCCCCGCCGUCGCAGCCGUUCCUUCCGUCCCAGCCUCCGCCUCCGUCGGCGGCGCAAGCGCGCGUGGUUACUCGAGCUCGGGAGGACGGGACCACGUCUUUAAAAAGUUCCAUAUUUAAUCUCUCGAACACGAUGAUUGGCGCGGGCAUGAUGGCCUUGCCUGCAGCGAUGAACGUCCUAGGGGUCGUGACUGGGAGCGUAGCGCUUAUCUUCGUGGCGCUAUUAACUUAUGGGUCCGUCAUGGCCAUGGUUCGCUGCACUGUCGCCGCUGCUGCCGCUUCAUCCCCUUCUGAGGAAGACCCUUCGCGGUUUCGGGAAUCGGACACCUCAGAUGAUGCCGCGGGAGCAGCAGGAAGAGGCAGAACUGGCAGAGACGGCAAUCCCAGGGAAUUGGGAAGAAAAUUAAACGCUAGCGAUGGAGGGAAUAUCAGCAGUGUUGGCAGCCGCAGUUUCAGUAUGCGGGAUGAGGAGAAGCUGAGUUAUAACCACACCGUGGCUACGGCUCUGGGAAGCACCGGACGGCUGGUGCUGCAGUUGUCGAUUGUUGUCAACAAUCUGGGCCUCAUGAUGGUGUUUCUUGAUAUCAUUGGGGAUGUGCUUGUAGGCAGCGCCACAGGACCUGGCGUUCUGCCACUGGAUCAGCUGCACUUGUCCCCAGAUUUGGCCAGAAAGACUAUCCUCGCUAUAGUCAUUCUCCUUAUUCUGCCUCUCUGCUUGCAAGACAGACUCGGGUCCAUGAAAGUCGCAAGUAAGAUAUCAGUGGCCCUGGCCAUCGCGUUUGUGCUGCUUGUGCUCCUGCUGUCCGGAGGGAAGAUUGCAGCUGGUGCCGCCACCAUGCCGCCACUGUUCGCCACGUCUGGCAAUGCUCUGGCUGUUUUCAGUGUCAUCAACAUCGUCACAAACGCCUUCAUAUGCCAUUUCAAUGUGACCCCUAUCUACAGGGAGCUAAGGGACCGCUCCCUCCCUCGCAUGCGCACGGUCGUCCGUUGCUCCGUCAUCAUCACAACCCUCGUCUACCUCGCAGUCGGCAUUUUCGGCCUCGUCCUUUUCGGCCCCGAUGUGCACACAGACGUGCUAUACGAUUUUGACACAAGCUUAGACGUCGUUCCAGGAAUGAGCCCCGUGAUCGCGGCGCAUGCGGUUGCGCUAGGGCAAGGGGUGAAGAUCGGGUAUGCGAUUUCCAGGGUCGACGGAAAUGAGGAUGGGACGGAGGAGGCCGGGGAGGAGGAGGUGGGAGAAGAGAGGGAAGGGGAGGAGACGGAAGGGGAGGAGGAGGACACAGAGGGGGAGGAGGAGGAAGAGGAGGACGAGGAAGCAAGGCUCGAAGAGCUUCGACGGGCGGAAGAAAAGGCAACUAAAAGGCGACGUUUUUGGCGCCAAGUCCGUUUCGUACUCCUUACAGUGUUCCUCCUCGCUAUGGCAUUUUGUGGAGCGGUGCUGGUGCCGGAUAUCUGGAUAGUGUUCCAGUUUAUGGGCUGUACUGCAGCGGUUAUCAUAGGGCACGUGUUUCAUGUUACUGCACCUUGCGCUUGCUGCAACUGCUUUUUCUACGGUAUUAAUUCAUUUUCCUGA